GUGAUAAACAACAAGGAAAUUUCUAUAUAGACUUCAUACUAUAUAAAAGUGCCAAGUAAACAUCUUGGAACUAUACAUUCAAAAGUAUACAUGCGUGAGAGGUUUUAGAUUUUGACAUGGCUGAAAAAUUAUUUUUAAAGGAUUUAACGAUGGAUCAGAAACGAAAGGCUUUCGAAAGAACACUUGCUAAGUUUGAAGAACCAGGUGUCAAACUUAUUCUGAUAACGGAGGAGUAUUAUGACCUAGCUUUAACGUUUGCACGGGAUUACUUCAUGAAAGAGGAAGCAUUAAAUAAAGCCCUUGGUAUGCAGUGGUCAGAGGAGCUAAAAGAGUUCUGGAUGAAUUCAUUCAAACUAAACCUUUCAUUGAUGUUUUUGAAUGAACAAAACGGAGAACCAAUCGCGCUCAGAACUACAAGAAUUGCACGCUAUGAUGACAAGCCAAAUACUGAGGCCGUAAAAGACGAGCGGAUCAAACUAAUGAUCCAGCUUAUUGUACACUGUGAUCAAAAAGCGAAUUAUUUUGGACAUUUUCCUACCAAAGAAGCAUUUCAUUUUCUAGGUCUUGCAGUAGCUCCGAAAUACAAAAGAUGUGGCUAUGCAUCGAAAAUUUUCAAAGUGGCAGUUGAUAUGAUACGUAAUUUUGGGAUCGAUCCUGUGUACCUCAAGGUCGAGGGUUCAUCGAAUUUCUCAAAAAGGAUCUUCGAGAAAGCCGGCUGUGAAAUGCUAUUUGAACAACGAUUCGAUUCAUGGGAGGUUGAUGGAAAGAUACCAAUUCAGAAUACAGGUAUUCACAAAUCAGUGAAAGUGUAUGGAAUGAGAAUUUCCACAUAAUCACAAGAGCACGAGAAAGAUUGAGCAGUCAGUUCUAAACAAAAACAAAAAAGGGCAGAAAUGACUACCACUAGUUUUAGUUUUCAUAUUUACUUGAUAUUUACACUUAUCAAAGUAUUUAACCAGUGUACUGAAAGAAUUAUCUUGUAUUUGGAAUCUGUAACAACAUUUUUUCUCUGGGUUAAAAGAAAACAAAGUUUAAAAAAAUAAAUAAAUGUGUAUAAGCAAAUUCUGCACGUCCAUUCAAGAAUGGGAAGUGUCUUGUAUUAUAUCUUUCUGCAAGUGAUCAGAACCAAUCACAUGCUCUAUCGGAAUAAGCUUGUAUCAUUCCUUAUUGAUUAUGGUUUUGCCUGCAGUCACAACUGAUCUAAUGUCUUACAAGAAUUAACGGUAUGAAUUCUUAGUGCAGAUGGUAUUUCGCUAAAUGACAAUAUCACUCGCCUGGAUAUAUGAGAAUUAGCGUGUAUGAACCCUUAGUGAAUGAAAAUAUGCUAGGACUAAGAACCACUCGUCUGGACCGAGAAAUUUUGUUUCCAGCCACCUAAAGGUGACCCAAUUAUUUUCACGCGAAUAGGUAAAGUAGGGAUCGGGGAAUCAUCCUCUACUGUACCUUACAAUUAUAUAUACAUAAUACAGUUAAAUAUGCAAAUUAUGCAAAUAAUAUGUAAAAAAUUGUAUAUUCUAUUCACUGGUUGAUGUAUGUUUCUCAGAUAUGAAAGUUUGAAAGAUAUAUGCAUGGAGAGAAUUAAAUUUCCAUUAAUUUCAGUAAUAUAGUUUGGUGGCUGAAAGUAAUGAAGAGGAAUAGGAGCAAAAAAAGAAAAGAAGCAUUCUGUGUCUGUGUGGUCACCUGUUUACACUGAUGAAUAAUAGUAAAACUUUGUAAAUGUCUUAUGAUAAUUGUCAUGGUCUGAUUAUGUUUGAGGCAAGUUAUCCUGUAUUUACCCACAUGCCUGCAAGAUUGGCUUCAAAUUAUUUCUCAAAUGUGUCUAGUCUGCUAUUGUUCAUAUGCAGUAAAUGAUCAUCUUAUCCUAUUUUUAAAUGCUUUAAUAGACAGAGGUGUGCCUAAUCUUUUUGGAGAGAAAAUAUAAUACUUUGUUUCUAGAAUUAGGAUUUAAGUUCCAAUAUUGUAUCGUUUACCAAUAUUAAAUAUAAAUAAUUCUUCAGAAAGAUUACCUGGAUAUUUUUAGAGUGGAGCAUUGGUUUUAUUUGUUCAAGGAAUUUUUUAGUUUCUGGGCAACUCCAAAGCAUAUGAGUAAUUGUCUCAUCUACUGUUAGGUUGCAUGAUGUACAUAAUGGACUGUCAAUAAUUUUUAUCUUAUAUAAAUAUGACUUAGUGGAUAAAAUUCUGUGGUUUAUUCUAUACUGAAACCAUUGUAAUAAUGAGCUUACUGGGAGAUUAAAGGGGGAUUGAUAGAUCUCUUUCCAAGUUUCAUUUUCUAUAUUGUAAGUGUUGUCCCAUUUACCUCUAGAUGUUGGAACAUCAUUGUUUUUAUUAAGAAUAUUGUAAAAAUCACUUCAUCCUUUUGUGUUUUAAAAAACUAAAUUUAUUAUGGGUGGUCUUAUAGGAUAUGUUAGUUUUGUAACCCCAGUUAUCUUCGGAAUUUUUAUUUAUAUGCACUUAACGAUGCUUUAAAUUCGAUGUAUUGUAAAAAGUUUAACUUUAUGUUAAGUUGUUCUUCUAAUUCUUUUGGUGUGUAUAUGGCUCCAUUUUGAUUUAUAAAGUCAUUUACAUAAAAUAAACCAUUUUUAUACCAAGACUGGAAAUUAUUUGGGAUUCCACCAAUUGUAAUAUUUUUGUUAUAUAAUAAAGGACUUGAUAAAAAGUCAAAGUCCCAUUGAGGCACAUAUGCUUGUAAUAAUUUUGAGUAAGACCUGAGUACGUCCCUCCAGAAUUUAUUUGAAAGUGUGUCUAUAGUUACUUCACAAUAAUUUUGGCCAAAAAUAAUUGAA